UUUCGAUUUUUUGUUAUUAGUCACUACAAAACAAGCAAAUCAUUAGUUCAACAAGUGAUAAAUGAUAAUUUAAUACCUGCUACAGGUUCAAUACACAACAUUUACGAUUAAUCAUUGCUGUUUUUGUUUCUAUCGCUGAUUUUUCUCAUUCGAAGCCGUAAAAUCAAAUCACAAUCACAUAAAUCCAUUCAAUUGUAUAUAAAUAGUUGUUUUGCACUAUUCUCAUCAUUUCCAUCAGUUAUUCUCUUAUUUACUAACAUUUCCCGCCUUCUUCUCAUCAUCUUCUCAAUUAAUUUAUUGAAAUGGGCGAUUUAAGUGAUUUUAAUGAAUUAAGUGAAAUCCAAACAUUUUAUAAAGACACAACCAUUUUACUAACGGGUUGUACUGGUUUCCUAGGGAAAAUUCUACUGGAAAAACUCCUACGUGCUUGUGAAGUGAAGAAAAUUUAUUGUAUUGUGCGUGAUAAGAAGAAUCAACUUGCAGAUGAACGAUUUCAUCAAAUGUUUGAAAGUAAAAUGUUUGAUAAUGUAAAGAAUAAAUAUUCGAAUUUAAAAGAAAAGGUGUGUGUGAUAAGUGGUGAUUGCCUCAUGGAAAAUUUAGGUUUAAACGAAAAAGAUCGAAAUUUUUUGGUGGAAAACAUCGAAGUUAUUUUUCAUGUCGCUGCAACGAUAAGAUUUAACCGAAAAUUGAAGGCUGCUAUACAGAUUAACGUAAAAACAACUAAAUAUUUAUUGGAUAUGGCUAAGGAAAUGAAACAAUUGAAAGCGUUGAUUUACACCUCGUCAGCAUACUCAAACUGUGAUAAAGAAGUAAUACAUGAAGUGAUUUAUAAAAAUCGUAUUUCCGUGCAUAAAUUUUUAACGUUCAUUGAGGAUUUCGAUGAGGAUUUUGUUAACAAAGUUACUCCAAAUGUUUUAGGCAAAUUACCAAACACUUACGUCUUUACAAAGGCUUUAGCUGAAGAAUUAUUGCUUGAUUAUGGUAAAUUAGAGUGUAAACUACCCAUUGUUAUUGUAAGACCAUCCAUACUUUCUUCGGCUUACAAAGAACCUUUACCUGGCUGGAUCGACAGUUGGUUCACAAUCGGCAGUAUCUCAGCAGCCGGAAGUUAUGGAUUGUUACGCUCAGCAAAUUCUGACCCAGAUAAAUUAGCUGAUAUUGUACCAACUGAUUACGCAGCGAAUUGUUUGAUUGCGAGUGGAAUAAAAGCAAAAGAAUGGAAUAUGAAAGAAUUUGAACUUCCAAUAUUCAAUUUUGUUACUUCGGUUGAAAGUCCAAUAACCUGGGGUGAUUAUACAAAAAAAUGCUUCCAGAUGGGGAUGAAUUAUGCCCCUAUACGGUGUUGUCGUUACCCUUGUGUUAAACUCACUCGACAUAAAAUUAUACAUAAAAUCCGAGCGUUUUAUAUGCAUCAUCUGCCUGCGCACAUCUGCGAUGUGGUUCUGUAUGUUUUCGGCUCGAAAUUCAGCGUGAGGUUUUUCUACAAAUUACUGCAUAAUUUCCUGGAUGAAACUUCAUAUUUCUCUACGAGGCAAUGGAAAUUUUGUAAUGAUAACGUACAAAAGCUGUGGAAUGGUUUAUCACCACUGGAUCAACAAUUAUUUCACUUCUCAAUGAAAGAUUUCGAUUGGGAUGAUUACAUUUUAGAGUUUUUGCGUAACGGACGCGUUUAUUUACUGCAAGAUAGCAUGGAAACACUGCCACAGGCUAGAAGACGUCUUAAAGUAUUGAAAAUCAUACAUUAUAUUAUUAUUAUACUAGAGUAUGCGUUUUUAUUGUGGAUUGAUUACUUAAUUCUGUGUUAUUUUAACUUUUUGUAGGGAA